AUGGAAUCAAUGCUUCUAUUCAUGUUUAAAAUCCAGUUUAAAGCCUGCAACUCAAGUUGGAUCUUCGGUGAAUUCAUCUUCCUCAAGAAAGAUAAGAAGGCGGACAUAAAUACAUUCAUGGAAAAGCUUGUGUCAUGGGAAACUGUAAGCACAAGGUUGGAAUCCGCAAUUGCUCGAGCAGUGCAACGAGAACAAGAAGGAACAGAGACAGAAGAUGAAGAGAAUCCAGAUGACCAAGAGCCAGAGGUCUAUUUAGAUAGUGAUAUCGAUGUAUCUGAGGUUGACUAA